CUUUGAAGUAUAAAAUAACUAGUUCUUAAAAGUAGAUAGCAGUAGAGUAGUUUUAUAGUUGAUUUUAAGAUCAAGUUAAUGAGUAAUAAUACUGAACGCAUGACAAACUUAGAAUGAACGUGAAUAUCGAUAUUCAUUUUAUAUAAAAUAAUUAUUUUUCAAAUGAAUUGUUAACGCAUGUUAAAACAUACAUUUUUUUAACUUUAAUUCUCUUUAGCACAGUAAAUCAUGUUUUCGCAGAAAUUCUUGCAGAACAAUAAAAUUUCAAGUUUAAAGUGCAGUAAUAUAAUAAAAAGAUAUCUGAAAGAAGCAAUUACACUUCCUCCACUUUCUCAAGAAACGAAAUUGGCAGUACUCCGAAAGCAAAAACCUGAGAGAAAAUCUUUUUUAAGAGCUUUAAUUCUAGGAGAAGUUGAUAGUGAGACUUUUACUUACCCAGAACUAGCAUCUCCUAGAUAUGAAGAUUAUUGCAAAUGGAUAAAUCCUAUCGAAAAUUACGUGUCAAACUGUGUUAAUAAAAAGAUAGAUAAAAGAGAGAUAUUGGACAACAUUAGAGAACUUGAAGUAUUUAAAAUACAUAUUGACGACAAAUAUUUUGGUUUAACUUUGUCAAACACAGAAACAUUGCAACUGGUAGAGAUACUUAGUAACUUGCCUUGGUUGGGCACUUAUGUACUGAAGAAUCAUAUUAUACCAGUCGAAAUAAUUAAUAAGUAUGGAUCAGAAAGUCAAAAGCUUGAAUAUUUGCCAAGGAUUAUAAGUGGUGACAUAAUUCCUACAAUGUGUAUAUAUGAAGGCAGCUAUGGAACAAAUGUUAAUAGUAUUAAAACCCUCAUGAUGCGACAGACAACAGAUUCGUGGGUAUUAAGUGGUGAAAAAGAAUUUGUUGUUAAUGGGAUAAAUUCAAAUCUGUUUUUAGUCUUUGCAAAAUGUGUAGCACCAACAGGAAAAAUUAAACCAGAUUUAUUCUCUUUAUUGUUAGUCGAACGAGAUUUUGGAAACAUAAGUUGUACAAACGUGUGUGAUACGAUCGGUAGACAUGAAACACCUACCUGUACAAUUAAAUUUGAAGAUACAGUAGUACCUCAUAAAAACAUUAUAGGUCAACCUGGUGGUGCUUUGGACAUAUUAAUGGAAUACUUGAAACCUGGACGACAACAUAUAACUGGUCAAGCAAUUAGUAUUUUAAGAAACUUUUUAAAUCUAAUAAUACCAGAGAUUAUACAAAUGAAACAUUUUGAUAGAGAUUUGUAUGCGUUUGAUGUAGUAAAAAAAAUCUUAGGUGAAAUUACAUUUUCUUUGUAUACUAUGGAAAGUAUGGCAUAUCUUACAACUGGAAUGAUAGAUCAAUAUGAAAAUAUGAAUGCUGAUCUAGAACAAAUUAUUACCGAAACAUAUUGUGCAAACAAGUGUUUGGAAUGUGUUCAAGCAGGGUUACAAUUAGUAGGUGCAAAAAGUUACAUGAAUAAUAAAUCAUAUAUAGAUGCACUUCAUGAUGCCAUGGCUUUAACAACAAUGGAUAUAAAUAAUUUGGAUUCCAUUACAUAUGUAGCAUCAAGUGUUUUACAACUUUUAGGAAACAAAGUAACUGACCAUGUUCAUAAGAAAAGAAAUAUAUUUCAAUAUCCUAUAUAUAAUGUGAUAGAUAAGAUGAUUGAUAAAUAUGCAAUAAAAUUGGAUGCUAAUGAGUAUGUGCAUCCAUCAUUCGCUAUAACUCUGAAUUAUUUGGAAAGCAAUAUAAACAGAUUUAAAGAUAGUAUUUUAUUAUUAUUUGAAACCAGAGGAUCAGCAAUUAUGGAACAAUACUCAGAUAUGCUGAGGAUAACAUUAAUGUUAACAGAAAUAUAUGCAAUAUUUGCUAAUAUAAUACGUGCAUCAAGAUCAUAUUCCAUUGGUGCUAGAAAUUCAGAUCUUGAAAAAGAUUUAGUAACUCAAAUGACAUAUGUAUCACAUACUAAAGUAUGGUUACUUAAACAAGAAAUAGACUCCACUAAGGCAUUUAAUGGUGAUAAUUGUUAUACAAGUGCAGUGGAUCUUGCAUAUGGACAUCAUAAAUAUCCUUUAGCACAUCCUUUAACCAAAACAUUUUAAAUAUUUAAUUAACAUAUUUUUUGUGAUAAUAUAAUUUGUUAGUAAUAUGGAUU